UAGACUCCAGGAAUGGGGAGAAAAGGAGACUCAAACCAGAGCCACGCAGAUACAGAUCGCUCUAUGUUUAAUGGAGCAAAUUAGGAAAGGCCGGAGGUUGAUACUCUUCCCAUUACCCUUUCAAGGCCAUAUAAAGAUUAAAAACCCUAUGCUUGAGCUAGCUAAUGUUCUACACUUCAGAGGCUUCUCCAUAACCAUCAUCCACACCAACUUCAACUCUUUCAACCCUUCAACCCACCCUCACUUCACCGUCCACUUGAUCCCUGAUGGCUUCUCUGAAACUGAGUUCUCCACAAACGAUCCCAGCCUUCUUAUUUCUCGUCUAAAUGAACACUGUUGUGAUCCUUUCCGGAACUGCCUGGCUAAAUUGUUAUCUGAUGAUGGUUCAGAGGAGCCUGUUGCCUGCUUAAUCACUGACCCUCUCUUUUACUUCACUCAUCUGUGGGAAAAGGGUUACCUCCCAAAACAAGAAUCUCAACUAGAAGAGCCAGUAGUAGAGCUACCACCACUCAAGGUCAAAGACCUUCCAGUGAUUAACUCUUGUGAGUCACAGGGAUAUUAUCAACUACUGACCGAAAUGUUAAAUGAAAUCAAGACCGCAAAUGGAGUUAUUUACAAUACUUUUAAAGAUCUUGAAGAACAGGCACUGGCUACAAUCCAACAAGAAUUUCCCAUCCCAGUUUUCCCAAUAGGCCCAUUUCACAAAUGGUUCCCAACCUCUUAUUCAAGUAGUUUAUUAUUGGAGGAUGAAAGUUGCAUUUCAUGGCUAAAUACUCGACCACCAAAAUCAGUUUUCUAUGUUAGCUUUGGGAGCAAUGCUACAGUGAAUGAAGCUCAAUUUUUGGAAAUAGCUUGGGGACUAGCCAACACCAAUCAACCCUUCUUGUGGGUGAUUCGACCUGGAUUAAUCCAAGGCUCUGAAUGGCUAGAAAAAUUACCUCAAGGAUACCUGGAGACGUUAAAUGAUAAGGGUCACAUUGUGAAAUGGGCACCACAGAAAAAGGUGCUGGCUCAUCCAGCUGUGGGACUAUUUUGGACUCAUAAUGGAUGGAAGUCCACAUUAGAGAGUAUUUUCUAGGGGGUGCCUAUUAUAUGUAUGCCACAUUUCUCAGAUCAAAUGGUAAAUGCAAGAUGUGUUAGUGCUAUUUGGACAGUAGGGCUGCAGUUGGAGAAGGGGAGCAAGAGAGGUGAAAUCGAAAAAACAAUUCGAAAACUUAUGGCAGAGAAAGAAGGGGAAGUGAUCGGAAAAAAUAUGUCAACGCUUAAGGAGAAAACAAACCUUUCACUCAGAGAAGGUGGCUCUUCAUACCAAUCCUUGGAUGGCUUGGUUAACCACAUUUUAUCAUUAUAA